CGUUCAUCACCUUUGCCGCCAGCGAUAAUUUAUAAGAUAACUCGGUUUUGCGAAUGUAAACCCGCAGCUUUAGGUUCAAUACUUGUAUUAUGAUACGUCAAUAUAUAAAACUAAAUUUAGUCAACCUUCGGCCAAACGGGGAUAAGGUUUAGCCAAUCGAAUUAUCGCACACAGCUGAUAACGCGAAUUGUCAGCAGUAAUAAUUAACCUCACAUUAUUCAAAAUUCCGUCUGGUGAAAGUUUUUUCAACAACUUUCAAGUGUGUGAAAUUAAUCUCCUUAAUUCAACGUGAGAGGGCGAAACUGAAAAAUUCUCUUAUAAGUCUACAAAAAAUUCUAUACGUCCAGACCUAACCUAACCUAACCUAACUUGUAAUAGUCAACAUACACCACGUGUAACGUGUUCCACAAGUGGAGCUUCGCGAGAUUGUUCAUAUUUUGCUUUUGUACACGUAAAAAUUGAAAAUUAAUUCCAAAAAAUGGGAAAAGGCCAUAGGCAUCAGAAAAAUUUGAAGUCAGAAAAGGCGAAAGUUAAAUUGAAAACUAAGACGACUAAGACUAAGCACCUGCCAAAAGGCCUCAAUGUUACAGAUACGUCAUUUAAAGUUAAAAAGAUUCUUAUUCGAGACCAGUUAAAGACGCAAAAUGAAACAGAUAUAGUUAGUCGACGAAACUUAAAUAUAAAGGAACUCAUAACAAGACUACAUCAUUACAACAGUUCUGUUCGUCUGGAGGCAGUAAAGGGCUUAAAAGAUAUCUUGUCGCACCACUCUUCAAAGAUUUUGAGCUCGCAACUCCAUUCUUUGCUUCAAAGCAUUGCCGCUUUGUCACUUGACAAAGAGAAGAGCGUUCGAAGAGAUUCUCUGAAAGCUUUGAAUUUAAUCUUAAAACCAGUAUCAAAUGAUCAGCUGGAACCUUUUUUCGAUAUAUUAAUAUCGUACCUGAGUUGCGCCAUGACGCAUAUUGAUCCGAAUAUUAAGGAAGAUUCUCUCUUGUUCUUGGAUGUUUUAGCUGAGAAUUGUGGAGUACUACUUGCUCGUAGCUGUCAAAAAGUUUUACCAAAUUUCUUGGACAUGAUUUCCAAAUUGCGAACAGAGUCAAGAUUGGAAAGACAGUUGACAACAACUUUAAACUCUAAGCAGACAAGUAUCAGAUGGAGAAUUAAUGUUCUUAGUAGAUUGGGCAAUAUUUUGACGUCUAUGAUCAGUGUAAACAAGUGUCAAAAACGACAAAACAACGAUUUCACUUAUAAAUCGGAAGAGAUAAACGUCACAAAUUUAACACACGUACCACUUUUCCGACAAAACUAUUUGCGGAUACACCAGCUAAAUCUUAGUAGAGGGCAGGAAAUGAAUAUACAAGUUGGCAAUGGCUCGGACCUUGAAGAGAUGAAAAAAUUCACCAAAGUUUUGAUGCUGUUGAUGAUCGAAAGCUGGAUAGAAGUUGCACCGAAGCAAAAUGGAACUGCACAGUCAAAUCUCGUCUUAACUAAUGAAGCUUCAAGUUUAUUGAAUACGAUUAUGAAAAUAAUGGAAUUGUUAAUUGAAUAUGUGGAUAUCUUUGAAGUAGAAUUAGGUAAAAAUACAAUCGGAGUUUGGUUCAACAAUAACUUUCGUAAUAUGUUUGAAAAAAGUAUUCUUGAGAAUUUCCCUUACUGUGAGACAAAGACAUUUACAAAGUUGAAGAAAAGACAAGACGAUUUUACACCAGUGUAUAUAAAUGCCAAAUGCUUGGAACAAAAUUUGGCUAUUUGUCACGUAUACGUAUGGUUAUCAUCAAAAAACUUCACAAACGGUAGCACUCACUCUGCUAAAGAUCCGGCUCUGCGUGUCCUUCAAUAUAUGAUUGAGAGACUGGAAGAUUGGUCGAGCGGGGAUAAUUUUGCUCUUCUGCAAUUGAUCAGAUCUGUAAAGUGUUUGCUCCUUCGAGCGAGCAAGGUUUGGUAUCAUAACAAAAUCAAUUUGGGAUCAAUAUUGCGAGCUAUGGUCAAUGUUCAAUCGAAGCAUGCAAAAAAAGAGUUGCGAUCUCAGCUCUUUGAAGUUCUUACAAAAAUUAUUCUGGAUCAUGAUGCUACGGAAUUACACAGUGAGGUUGCAUUUAAGGAGUUUAUUGCUUCGCUACCAAAUUUUUUGCUCAAACACAGUAUCCACGAGGAUACAUUGAAGAUGUUAAACAGAGUUGUACUGCAAUACAGGAAAUGGAUUGAAAAUAGUCUUCGAGAUAAACACGAAGAAAUUAUUGAAAAUGCGAAAAAAAUUGAAAUCAUUGGAUCCGAUGAUGAAAAACGUUCCCGUCUUUCAAUAUGCAACCUCUUUUACUUCAUAGAUGGACAAGUGUAUUACUGAAACCUACUUACCGUUAUUUCGUUCACAUCGAUAGUCGGUAAUCGACGUGAUAUACAUUAUUUUCGAUACACAUGUAGUGGCAUUAUCAUUCUGUACAGAUUUUGAAUAGAAAUACUAAAUAAUGCACACUUGUGAACGUUCUGUACAGCUUUUCUUCCAUUGAGUAAUUCAUCUUAGUACUGCAAGAGUGGAAAAAUUAUAUUAAAAUUAAUCAUUGUGACUUAAGUAUAUUCCCAGUCUGGUAGGUGGCAAGUAUUUGUUUUGGGAGAGAAAUUUUCGACGAGUAUAAAUAAAUAGAUUUUUAUUUUCUAAAUAUCUUCCGUUGGCUUACUCUUUCUGUAUAUCUUUACAGUAUAACCAGAAAUAUUUUUCACAUCAUUUACCUGUACAAAAACUACUUCUUAAUGCAAUUUUACAAAAAUUAUAUCGAAAUCUAUAAUUUUUACAUUAUAAUAUAUACUGUAUAUAUUAUAUACUUAAUUUAAAAAAUACUUAAUCAUCUCUGCUCCUCAAUAAAUUAUGAUAUAUAUAAACCGACAUUAAUUACUUUUGAGUUACGCGUGAAUUAUAUUUAGUGCAUCUCAUUGACCAUGUAGGCAAUGUGCUAUAUUGAAUAGCACAAAAUUAAGGGACUACACCACUGUGACAGUUUCAAAAAGUCGAUUUUUUGAAAACCAUUUAAAAAAAUCUAAAAUACUUUUAAGAUUAAGAUGCCGUUGGACCCAGGUCCAAAAAAUAAUUAUUUUCGUAGAUGUUGAAUAUUUGCGGAGCGGUGCAGUGCUCCGCGCUGCGUCGGUUUCAACGCAAAAGUUGAAACAAUUUGGGCCGAUGAUUAUCCCCAACGUCUCCAGAACUUUCAUGAGGCUUCUCAGGCCAACAUUGAACACUAAUACCGCGAUAUCAGUUGCAAUAUCAACGAUUUUUUUGCCUCCGGAGUUGGACAAAUUAACAAACCUAAAACUUUGAACGUGUUUUUCUCGAAACCACUUUUUUGAGUGCGGCCCGCAGCAAAACUCGAGCAAUUUUUAUCCGAUCGACUUCAAAUUUUUACUGUAUCAACGAAAAUAGAUCAUCUAAUGAACUACAUAGGAUUUUUUCGAUAUUUCAAUAAUAAUAAAAAUUAUAGCCUAUUUCGACGAGAAAUUU